GUCACUUUUUCCCGACAAAGCUCGUAGUUUCUGUCUACUUUCAUUAUAGAUCUACACAGUAGUUAACAACAUAUCUUUUAAGAAUUAAUAAAAACCAACAGAUUAAAUCGAAACCUAUAUCGUUUCACUAUCCAUAUCGACAGUGUAAUCCAUUGGAGAAUUAUUUCAGGUUUUAUUUGCUUGCUUGGUCUUAAAACUAAAUCAAUAAUCGUUAAAUAGUUUAAGACAAGUAUUGCUUGAUCGAAAUUUGAUAUUGUCUUGCCUGAAUGGAUUCCUUCUUCCCGUAAAGCAGAUCUAACGUUGCCACAGUGCCGAUUACACCGAGAGCUAUAACUUCUCGCCUUUGGAUUCUGCUUCACCUUCAACAAUGGAUCAGAGAAGUUGUUGCCUCUUGGUUUUUGUCUUUUGAAAAGAAUCCUGAUUGUGUUAAAUGCUACCCUAAAGAAGAAGACUUCAUACGCUUGGAGAUUGAUGUUACAAGGUUGAGAUUUGCCAAGACAAGGUCUGUGAUUCGCUAUUGAGACGGCCUGAUGAUCAACGCUUGGUCCCAUCCCUGGAAACAGCUGGAACGAAACAAAAAUUAGAGAGUGGUGGCAGAGGAAGCUAAGGAACAAAAAUCCCAGGACCGAUGCGCAAAAGCAUCAAAGAAGAAACCAUACAUUAUGGAGAAGAGGGCCAGAGGAUUGGACAAAGUGUAACAAUUUAUGAUGGAUCCUUUGUCAAUGGAAGAUUACCAUCCAAGUCAGGUCAAAUAUUAUUGGACUAAAGGAUACAAGAAGGUUAUCAAAUAUUAUUUGGGUACUUAUCUUGUAUCAGGUCAAGGCAGAUGCAGAGUAACUAUGAAUGCUCUCGAAAGAGGACUACAAGCUUUGAUCAUGGCAAUGCAACAUUGUGGGACUAAUGGAUACAAGAAGGUUAUUUUUGAAGGUGUGACUGUCUAGUUUUCAGUCUCACUUUUAUGUUCCUUCUAUAAUCACGAAUGCCUUACAUUGUGACGAUUUAAACUCUUGACAUCACUAUUAAUAACGUCAGAUGUCAUUAAAAAAAGAAAAGAAAUCGACUGGUGAAAAGAGUGAAUAUGUUAAGAGUGAUAAUAGGUAGGUGUGUUUAUAAUGUAAGCGACGAAAUUUUAAAAAUAAUUUUAGCAUUUGAUGUAAUAGAUGUUUGAAUACAUUAGUGUGUGUAUAUAUUAUAUAUAACAUUGGUUUAGGGCUUAUACAUAUCGUUUUAUCUCGUCAUUGAUUGGCGCAUUUUUCUAUGUCGAAAUUAUUUAUCUUCUUCGGUUGAUUACACACAAGCAAUAGACAUAUAGUAAAUCAUUUAUUGUAGUGAUAACAGUUAUGCCGUCACAUACUAUAUAAAAGUUAAAAUCUCAUACUAUAUAAAAGUUAGAUUGUUAUUCAUCACGAAUUAAAUCUAGCACGUCUAUCAUUAAUGUAUACUAUAUAUAUUUCCAUCCUAAUUAUUUGACAUACAAGCUUUGACUAUGGUAAUGCAACAUUAUUGGAGUAGAGGAUACAAGAAAGUUAUUUUUGAAGGUGACUGUUGAGGAGUACUGGUGAAUGUUCUCAACGACAAAACGAUGAACUUUGGAGCCCAUAAUUGAAGAUGCAAGAUAUUAUAUUGGAAGACCAAUUUUGACGAAGUCAAGUUUGAAUGGAUACCAAGGAAGCAUAAUCAACCUAGCUCAGAUAUUCUUGCAAAAGCUGAUAUUCCUUUAACUCUAGUUUUCAGUCUCACUUUUAUGUUCCUUCUAUUAUCACGAAUGCCUUACAUUGUGACUA